CCUCCGAGUAGUUCGUGCUAACAAAGCAGACUCCAAAAUGUCGGGAGAGGUGUAUCUCCUGUGGCUCCUCUCGCUUUUACAAACGCUGUCGGCGUAUGGUGCCGAUCUGUCGUCUGAGGCAUGCAGGGGGCUGGGCUUCUCCAGCAACCUGCUGUGCAGCUCCUGUGACCUGCUCGGGGAGUUCAGCCUCACCAAGCUGCAGCCUGACUGCGGGCAGUGCUGCCAGCAGGAGGUCCAGAUGGAAGCGCGCAAGCUCUACGCUGGGGCCAUCCUCGAGGUGUGUGGAUGAAAACUGGGGAGGUUCCCUCAAGUCCAAGCUUUUGUCAGGAGUGACAAGCCGAAGAUGUUCAAGGGUCUCGAGAUCAAGUAUGUGAGAGGCUCUGAUCCUGUGCUAAAGCUUUUGGACGAUAACGGGAACAUCGCUGAAGAACUCAGCAUCCUCAAGUGGAACACAGACAGCGUGGAGGAGUUCCUCAGUGAGAAAUUAGACCGGAUAUAGACAUGUGUAUGUUUUUGUUUGUUAUUUAGUCUUUAGUUAAAGGGUCGUUUCACCCAAAUUACAAUACCACUAGUUGUAUGGAGCCAUGCAGAUGUUUUAUGUGCCUGAGAUAUCUUUGACCACCUUCAUGUAAAUGGAGUUUUGUUUGUGGCGCUUGCGACACUGAAAAGUUACAUUUAAACAACUACAUUCGAAAAUCCACCUAAUUUACUGUCAGUGCUUUUAUCUGAAAUGCUGACGAAAUGGGACCAAUGAAAAAUACUCUUGGCUUCAUUAUUUUUAGGUUGUGCAUGAAAUCUCAAGAGACUUUAAAACAAUAACAAAUCAAAACGAUCUGCAUGGAUAGACUACUAGGGCCUACUGAGGUUUUUAUUUUAUUUUGGGUGAACCGAACCGUUAUGUUAUGUUAUUUACCAAUUUGUACACGACUAAGCCUUGAAAGAUGGUUGUUAAAUCAUGUCUGUUUUUGUAUGUGAAAAUCCUCAAUUUCAAUCCUUCUGGUCUGGAUUUUACCAAAUAACUUGUGUGGGUGUGAAGACAUCGUCACUGAGCCCCGAUGGGCAGCACACUCGAAAUGAUCAAUAACAUUACAGAGUAAUCAUUGCUCAGAGUGGGUCCAUUGGGUUUGAACAACAAUACUUCACAUCACAAACUGUUUGGUUGUCUACUUGUGGGAGUUUAUGUUCCUUCUGAUAUUCUUGUAUGAUUUUUAAAAAAAAUAUAUAUCGCUGAACAUUGUGACUGGUGGGAUUUGUGGUAAGAAUGAAUCCCAGUUGCUCUCCUGAUGCAGGAGUCUUUGCUGCAGCACACGUUAGUGAAGAUCUCACAGUAAACCAGCGUUGGGAUGUGAGGUCUGAUGUCUGUGUGUUUUUUGGCAUCUUCUGCUUUGAAGAGAAACUGGAUUUAUUAUGGAUGCUUCUUUUGAGCAAAUGAGUUGACAGUUUAAAUAUGCAACAAUAAAGAAAGCCUCUGAAGGAU